AUGGCAACUCUCGCCGCUGUGUUUGGUGCUGCUACGAAACACUCAAAAUGCAUGGGUUAUUGCUCUCGGCUCAUCAACACGACAUUUUCGCGGGGAGCGCACCAGUUGACAGUUCGUGAUGCCUUAAAUUCUGCUUUAGAUGAGGAAUUAGAGCGAGAUAACACUGUGUUCAUUCUCGGAGAGGAAGUGGCACAGUAUGAUGGUGCUUAUAAGGUCACCAGAGGGCUAUGGAAAAAAUUUGGAGACAAACGAGUUAUGGACACCCCUAUAACAGAGAUGGGUUUUGCUGGUAUUGCUGUUGGUGCAGCUAUGGCUGGACUUCGACCUGUGUGUGAGUUCAUGACCUACAACUUUUCCAUGCAGGCCAUCGAUCAUGUAAUUAACUCAGCUGCCAAAACAUACUACAUGUCUGAUGGCAAGGUAACGGUGCCUAUUGUAUUUCGUGGACCUAAUGGUUCUUCAGCGGGGGUAGGUGCUCAGCAUUCACAGUGCUUCGGUGCCUGGUACAGCCAGGUACCUGGCUUGAAGGUCAUCUCACCCUACUCUGCCGAAGACAACAAAGGGUUGCUGAAAUCUGCCAUCAGAGACUCUGACCCAGUUGUGUUUUUAGAGCAUGAACUUAUGUACGGAGUGAGUUUUGACGUUGGCGAAGAAGUCUUGUCUAAAGAUUUUCUUGUACCUAUUGGAAAAUGUAAAAUUGAAAGACCAGGAAAGGACGUAACUCUAGUUUCACACUCAAAACCAGUUGGUACAUGCUUGGAAGCAGCAAAAGAGUUGGCAGCCAAAGGAAUUGAAUGUGAAGUAAUCAACCUUCGUACAUUGAGACCCCUGGAUGAUGAAACAAUUUUCCAGUCUGUGAUAAAGACCAAUCAUUUAGUGGUUGUAGAAGGUGGAUGGCCCCAAUGUGGUAUCGCAGCAGAUAUCUCAGCAAGGAUUAUGGAAAGUCCAGCUUUCAACUAUCUAGAUGCUCCCGUUCUGAGGGUCACAGGAGCAGAUGUUCCAAUGCCUUAUGCUAAAACAUUGGAAGAGCAUGCAAUCCCACAGGCAAAGCAUAUUGUAACAGCUGUGAAAAGAGUACUUGGUUUGCCUUGA